CGCUUUUAUAUUUUAUUUCGUGGAUCCGACGGUGGAAAAACACGUCAGCCUCCGCCACUCUCCCUUCCUUUUUCUCUACCACCGCCGCCCACUGGCCCGGAACACCACAUCACACACACAGUUCAUUGUGUCUCUGUGCGAACACGUCGCUCUCGCUCAGUCAUUUUUCCCGCCUAUAUAAUCACCCCAUCCUCAAUGCAAGCACCGCUUCUCCAAAUGCACGCCCACUUCUCUCACUCCAACUUUCUCUCUCUAAACCCCCGCCGAACCCCUGCCGUCUCCUCUCCGCCUGCGUUUCCUCAAUUUCUCUUCUCCGACCGGAGUAGUUUCAAUUCAGCCCUAACUUUCGGAUCAAUUCAAUUGAAUUCAGUUAAAAUGACUUCUGUUAAUUCUUCUCUCUCUAAUGGCAACAGCUGCGGCAAUCAAGCGAUUGCCCUGGGAUUGGACAGUGUUGAACUCGACCGCUUCGCGGACGUAGGAAACCAGCUCGCCGACGCCGCCGGUGACGUCAUCCGUCGGUACUUCCGCAAAAGCUUCGACAUUCUGGAUAAAGAGGAUUUAAGUCCUGUUACGAUUGCUGAUCAAGCUGCGGAGGAGUCGAUGGUGAAAAUUAUUGAGGAGAAUUUUCCUUCUCAUGCCAUUUUCGGAGAGGAGAAUGGAUGGAAGUGCAAAGAAGAUUUUGCGGACUUUGUUUGGGUAUUGGAUCCGAUAGACGGCACAAAAAGUUUUAUUACUGGGAAACCCUUGUUUGGAACACUAAUUGCCUUACUCCACAAGGGUAAACCGAUUCUUGGCAUUAUUGACCAACCUGUCCUGAGAGAAAGAUGGAUUGGAAUAAGUGGCAAGAGAACUACCUUGAACGGGCAGGAGAUCUAUACACGCAACUGUUCACAACUCUCGAAAGCCUACCUGUACACUACUAGCCCACAUUUAUUUAGCGGGGAGGCUGAAGUGGCUUUCGCUCGAGUAAGAAGUAAGGUCAAAGUGCCACUAUAUGGUUGCGAUUGUUAUGCCUAUGCCCUGUUGGCCUCAGGUCAUGUAGACCUUGUGGUUGAGUCUGGCCUCAAGCCAUACGAUUUUCUUUCCCUGAUACCUGUGAUCGAAGGAGCUGGUGGAGUUAUAACGGACUGGAAAGGGCAUCAACUUUAUUGGGAGGCUUCUUCUAAAGCAGAAGCAACUAGUUUCAAUGUAGUGGCAGCAGGGGACAAAGGGGUUCAUCAAGAAGCUCUAGAUUCACUACAGUGGCAAUAAGCCAAUAAUGCUUGCUUUUUGCAUACGCACCAGAAACGGAAAAUCCUGUUGUGAUUCGUCUCCUCUUAACUUGAUAGCUCUUCAUUGAAGAAACAACCAUCGGGAACAAUUGAAGACGUCAAAAUUUAUAAUGCAUGUGAUUGAAUAGCUUAAUUAUGUAGAAUGGCUAAUUUUAUUUCUCUUUUCGUUUUUCCAGCUCUGUUUGCAUAGUUACAACAUGAAGCGGCAAACAUGAAUGAAUAUCUUUUGUUUUGCACGAA